CCAUGGAUUUCUUAUCUGCAAUCAGUUUUACUAUACAUUCAGUCACUAACUUCUUUGGUAUUUGUGCCAAUAUCAUUCUCAUUUAUGUUGUGAUCAAAAGGACCCCAUCAACUAUGACUACUUAUUCUAUGUUAAUUCUCAACUUUGCCAUUACCGAUCUUUUGUCUUGCAUCGCUUCGAUAACUGUUCAACAAAGGAUUCUUCCCGGCGGUUUGGGUCUGUUCUACCUUUCAUAUGGACCAUGUCGCUAUUUCGGUCCACUAGCGUGCCUAAUCGCGUACAGUUUUAUGUUGCACUGCUAUGCCCACUGGUUCUUUAGUCUAGUAUAUUCUUUCUGUUACCGCUAUUACAUAUUGUGUAAUGAUCCACCAAGAAGAAGCAGAGUUUUGCUCGUGAUUCUUCUUAUCUAUAUACCAUCAUUCGUACAAUUUCUUGCCUAAAG